CUCCCGCGCCGCUCCCAGCGCCAGCAGCCAAGGGCACGCGGGCCUUGCAGCAGCCCAGCCAGCCUUGGAGUUAGGAGGGGAAUUGGGGAGCCGGCCGCCUUCCCUCCGGAACCAGCCGAGCUGUUGCUGGAUAUCAUUGAUCUCAAGCAACAAAACUUUAAAACGUUGGAGGGGAAGAAAAGAUCAAAGGCUUUUGGUGUCUAAAAGAUGUGCCAUGGAAUGGUAGCAACAAAGAGCACCACAACAUCGCUGCUUGCCUUGAUCAGUCAUGGGAUAUUUUUUCCAUUCUUUGUUUUCAGUACACGCAUGGUGGAAGGAUUGGACUCAUUCUGUCCACAGCCACCAGAGCCUGAGAAUGGAGGCUACAGAUGCCAUCCAGCCCCCUGUAAAGUCCCACUGACAUCUGACAGUGUCAUAGAGUAUUUAUGUGAGGAAGGCUACCUGCUGAAGGGAGACUACAAAUAUUUGACUUGCAAGAAUGGAAAGUGGAAUCCAGACAUGGAGGUUACCUGUAGGCUCAGCCAAGAUAAAGGUUCUCCUCCAAGUGUAGGAGUACCCACCCUAUCCAUAGUGGCUUCCACAGCAAGCUCUGUAGCUCUCAUCCUUCUCCUAGUUGUACUGUUUGUUUUGCUACAGCCAAAGCUGAAGUCUUUUCAUCACAGCAGGCGUGAUCAAGGUGUUUCUGGAGACCAGGUUUCCAUCAUGGUGGAUGGAGUUCAGGUGGCGUUGCCAUCGUACGAAGAAGCUGUCUACGGCAGUGCUGGAAACUGCAUACCUCCCUCGGAUUCACGGGUACAGAUUGUCCUUUCAGAAGGAGCUGGGCAGAGUGGAGCAGUGGGGGAGAUGCAACAGCCACCAGCAGACCAAGAAAGGCGCAACUGCUCUGCUGGGGAAGAUGAAGUCCCUGGACACUCCGGACUGUGUGAAGCCGGCAGCUCUCGCCACUCUGAGGCUGUUCUAGUGCAUCAGGCCACCACCUCCUCCUGGGUGGCUGGCACAUCUAGUAGAAGACCUGGGCCCAAAGAGGCCCCAGACUCAGAAAGCAGUGAUGUACAAAGCCUUCUAUCACUCGCUUCCUCAGAGGAGUAUACUGAUGAUAUUCCAUUGCUGAAAGAAGCAUGAGGCUUGCUGCAUUUAUCUAGCCUUCUCUCUCCAUUUUCCUUCUUCUCGGGAUGGUGAGCACUCCAUGCAGAACUUCCCUCACCCUCACACGCUGUGCCCUGAAUACCUCCAAGCAAACACCCUAUAGCUGAAGAUCCAAAGGAUGCCGCCAGGAUGCCUCCUUGAUGCAUCAGUAGGGUGAACAGGGUGCCAGCUGUCUCCCCAUUCUAUCUGCAUUAAGGGGGGGCUUCAGUGAUGUUAAUGGACUUGAGCUCCUCCUACCUCUCCUCUUCCCCAGCCAGAUGUUUUUGAGUGUGGUCUCUGGAGAGCUGCUAUUUACUUGUGCCUUGCUCCUUCUCACACCGGCUUGUUGCAGCUUCUCACGAGCCUUACUAGCUUCUGGACGUCAGCUCAGAACAUAGGGCCAAAACGCAGCUUGCUUUGUUGGGUGCAGAGCGUUUCCUUCCAUUCGUUUACUGUGUUAUGAAGGCAAGACAGAGCUCUUGUGGAUGGGCUCACUGGGAGUCAGUCCAGUGGGAGUCACACACAUCACCUACUGCAGCUCUCAAGUUUUCAAAGUCAUAUAUGCUGUUUAAUGUAGCUGCAUGUGAGCACAUUAGGCAAUGCUGGCUAUGUUAAAGGCAAUCGCAACUGGCUGUCUAAAUAAACAAACAAACAAACAGAAAGCCUAAUGGCAAGCAUAGGGCUGCUACUUGCUUUCUUCAUUUCCCAAAGAGAGGGGGAAAGAGCACCUUUGCUGGGAUGGAGAGUCUGAACCUCUGUAAGCUUCCACUUUAAGAAAAAAUCUGUCCCCCUCCACUUUCUUGGUUCAUCAAAGACAUUCUUCUCUGAACUUAGUGUGGGUUACUAUUAAGGCUGUCUUGUAAAGGGCUUUGAGCAAUUCAUUUGUACGCAGACAAGUUUAAGAAGGCCUGCGUGGGCCCCUGGGCCAGCCCACGUGGCGAGUGAGUGCCCUUCCUCUUAGAGGAGCCACCCGAUCAGCCAUGCUCUAUGCUCUAUGGCUCUGCCAUAGUUGUUCCAAAGCCUUCCGUUUUCCAGUGUGUUGAGAAAUCGUUCUCUUUGGAAUGGCUGCAGAGUGUCGGGUGCGCUGUGCUUGGGUGGGGGGUUAUCGCGCCUCUGCUUUGACCUACCAGAAUGGGAGAGUAAUUUUAGCAUUGCUCUUUUAUUUUGUUGCUUUUGUUGGUCCCCACCCUUGUGGAGGCAAUGCCAGGGCAUGUAGUGUUUAGCCUGCAUUUCUUAUGUCUUCCUUGUUCUGGUAAACUAGUCAUUUUAAAAAAGAUCACUAUUUAGCAAGUAUCUAGGGUUUUUUUUGUAACCGGCAUGCCCAAUUUGCCUUGAAUGAAUUACAGUGAUAAGCCUGCCUUAAAAUUUUUGAAUGGAAAGAGCCAUGCUGCUGAUUUGUCCUGAUGGAAGAUCCCUCCCCCUCUAUUUUUUUUGCAUUGCAUGCUGCUUCCACUUGGAAACCCUUACUAUGCAGGGGACAUGUUUGCAUACCUCCACCUCUUAAAUAAAUACGCUUUUGCUUUUGUUUAUCUGGCCCUCUGUGGACAAAGCAAUGUAGUUUAUUGAUAACACUGUGGAAAUAUAGAUUCCUAGACUUUCCUCUAGUGAGCCUCCCAAACUCAAGACAUUCUCUGAGCUUCCCAAAGAUUUCUACAACAAAAGCAGGUUGUCUUAAUUGCCAGUUCUUAUUCUUGUCCUAGUGACAGGGACAUCAAAGGAAUAAGUUGGGAGCAAAUCCAUAUAGAAUGACAGACCCAGUUUGAAUGUAAUGGUGGCAAGUCAUGGGUUAGUUAACACACAAUUUGCUGGGGUUGCAUGCCGGCACCAUUUUGAAUAAGCAACCUCCAGUUGAAGGUUAUUCCAUGACGUGAACCCAGGCACAGUUGAUUCUUUGGUUAACGAUGGGUUGCUUAAUCCUCAAUUAACACAUAGAGUCCCAGUUGACAUGUAACCGAUUGGUGGUUCUAUAUUCAAAACCGCCAUGGCAGCUGCAUGCACUGGGCAUGUGCCAUGGCAAAUUAUGGGUUAAUUAAUCCCACUGUCCUGCUUUUACAUGCAAACAGAGCCACAGUAUGCUUUAAAAUACUGAGGGAAGCAGAAAGAAUGGUGGUAACAAUGUGCUACCUGCUUCAUAUGGAACAUUUAUGGGCCAGCUGCAGCAAUGUGGCUCCAUCAGUACUUUUAUUUUCCCAAACUUAAAAUCUGACUUGGGAACAACUUAUUCCUCCCUGGACAACUACCCAUGUCCCCCUCGCUUUGGAGCGGUGCUCAUUCGACACACAAGCACACCCAUUUGGCACUGAAUAUAGAAUGAAGCAUCCAAAAAAAUCAGCUUGCAUUUUUAGAAUAAAAACAAGGUGUCUAGCAGGGCUCUAGCUCCUUUGUGUAGAUAGCCUUGCAAAUGUGUGUGGGUCAUGCAUCUGCUGAAAACUUAGAAGCUCAAAGGUGCGUAGUAGGUUUUCCUAUGAGGGCAGGGCUUCAGUGCUUGCAUAGCUCCUUCGACUUCUUCAUGAUUAGCAGAAGCAGAAUCAUUUGCACUGAGCUAGUCGAUGCCAAUUUGCUUGCUUUUAAUGAGACCAGGACACAGAAAUUUGGAUGGCCUUAGUAUGUGAGAUGAAUAAUUCUUACCGCAGAAUACCCCCAUACCCCCUGAACUUAGGGAAGCCUGGCUCAUUCUUUGAGAGCCCUAGGUGUGGAGCUGGCCCUUGCCUCAUUCAAACCUUAGCAUAGUCCUAGAUUUCUGCAUCCCAUCUCCUUAUAAGAGAACAAUGUGAACACACAGUGACAUCUAUUGCUGCCUGCUAUAUAUGGAGCCUUGUAACCUCCCCUGUCUAAUUUCAACAGUUACAGAGCACAGUUCAUGCAGAAAGAUUUAGCAGUGGCUAUAUCUAUUAGCUUGGGACACAGUGACAACAGCAGUACUAAAGGUUUUGCAUAGGACGGGAGUGUGCCAAACCUUUGGAUGGCACCUAGCCCAAAGGAAGCUGCUGGUCUCUUUUUUAAAGUAUUUAUUUAUAUAAAAUAUUUGGACCAGUGUAACAGUUCUCAUAUUUCCCAUUCCUUCCUCACCUGCGGACUGUUCAUAAACUUUUGUGUUCUAUAUAACAUCCUUGAGGUAGCGGUUUGCCUGCUUCUGUAGCAUAGCUUCACUCCAGCAGGUAGAAGCUAGAUCUAUCAUUUAGUAUGUAAGUGAACUUGUCUUACAUUUUUUAUUAAAUCCCUGGACAACUUUACCAUUGUGCAGAUAUGUGAAGAGUCUCCUAGCUUCAGCUUGGGGGUCAUAAUCCUACAACUGGUAUUUCACUUGAAUAGUUUAAAGAAUGGGACACUAAAUAACUUCAUGGCUGAAAUCUUGUGUAUUUGGGGUCAACUGUAAAGCAGUUUUUCAUUUCAAUAAAAACUGAGUUUUUGUAGGGGUCUUAUAUUUUCACAAAAGGCAGGGAUAGCGAUAGCUGUUGAGUAUAAGGCUCAGGGCACCUGUUCUGAUGCAUAAGCAGGAAACAAAUAGGAUUCUGCUAAAAACAACAAAACUUGACAUAUUUUAAAACAUUCUGAAACAUCCAAGAGGAGUUAUUCAAUUGGUAGGACCACUAGCCCAACACUGUGUGGCUGUUACAAAUCCAAUUUACUUCUUCCAGCUUGUACACAGAGAGCCAGAUGCUGUAAGGGCACAAUUCAUGCCUGGCAGUAAUAAAAUCCUGGCUUAAGUGGUGUUUAUCUGUUUUGGAAAAUGUGGGCCUUCCCUGGAGUUUGAUUCUCCAAGCCGGCCUUGCCCUUUAAAUGCUGGAAUGUAAUACACCUGACGAAUGAGUGGUUCCCAUGCCAUCCUCCAUUUUGUCCAGAAUAUUGGUUGAUCAUAUGAAGCUGCCUUAUACUGAGUUAGGCUGUUGGUCCAUCUAACUCAGUAAUAUUUACUCUGACCAGCAGAGAACUUUUCCGACUCUGAAACUUGGGGUGGGGGUGGGUGGUGUUUAUGAAGAUCCCAGGGACCGAACGUGGGACCUUCUGCAUACACAGUUGAGCAAUGGCCCUUUACUUUUCUUUCACACAUCUAGUGCUAUAAACAAGAUUGCAUUUGCUUAAACUAAAAUGCAGAGCUGCUUUUCCUGGAUGAAUACAGAUGACUACUUACCAAGUAGUUAGAUGCAUACUGUGAUAAGCUACCACUUGGCAAAGAGUGACCUGUUUGAGGACAAGAUUGCUUGGCUUUUUUCUUAUUUGAAGUUGUAUUGUUCCUUAAGACAAGAAUACAAUAGGCUUUGAUGCACCAUUCAAAGAUUGGAAAGGAAGAGGAACUGAACGAUGACUUUCCACACAUUUUAUAUGGUGUUUUCUGUGCAGCCUGGCCUAGUUCCUGUUUGCUUUUUAUUAUUAUUUUCCUUUUUUAAAAAAAGGAAAUAGCCUGCAUUAAUCACUGUAUGCCGUUUGGGGGUAAAUGAGAGAUUUCUAGGGCCGCUCGCUCUUGUAAAAAUGUUAUAUGAGAAGCAAUCCUCUGACACUGGAUAUCUAUAGGCUGCCAGACCUAGGGCUUGUAAAAGCUGCUUAUACACUCUAUGAUGAAUAAUCUUUAAUCUUUGAUCAUAUGAUGAUACAGAGAUUUUUCUUUUUACUUGGUGAUACAGAGGUUUUUCUUUUUACUCACGUCAGGUGUACAAAUACAUGACUAUACCACAAUACUUAUCCAAGUAGUUAAAACUACUGUUGUGCAUGUUGACAGGGUUUCCAAAGCCAAAGAUGCUCCUGUUUUCUGUGCUAGAGUAAUAGCACAUACGCAACUGAUGUGUGUUAUCUGUAUCUUAAUACUCGUGAGGAAGAGUGUCUGCACUAAAAAGCAUUAGCUGUAGUCUUACUACUGUGUUUUCAGCAGGAGAUAACACUCUUCUUGAAGCAGAUACUUUUUUCUGGAUGCAUUAUAUUAACUCUGUCAUAGUUUUGAAUAUGGAGUACCCAUAACGCAUUUGCACAUUGUUCAGAAGAACUGAAAUUGGGCUACGAGGCAGGCCUAGCUCACUUUAUGUGCCAGAUGCCUCUGUUUGCGGUGACACCGCAUAGCGUGCCUGUAAACACAUUGACGUAUGCUGGUGAUCUGUGAUCAGCAAUAGGUCUGAGAGGUUGUGUGCAUGCUCCUGAAGAGGGAGGUGUGCAUGUCCUUCGUAUUUUACAUGUUCACUGUAUCUGCAGCAGGCAUUGCUGAACACCCAGCAGGCACAAUGUCCGUGUUAAAGUGUGAAUCAACCUUUGGUUUUCCUUAUUAUUCACUUUUUAGUACCCUGGCACACAUGCACACACAGGACAGAGUAUUUUUUUUCUUGGUAGGAAAAUUUUCUUUAGCUUCAUUCAUAUGUAGUUUUUUAUUGAUAUUCUCUCUCUCUCUCUCUCAUGCUCGCAUGCACACACACACACACACACACUCUCAGUGCCUCAGUCCUUCAUGUCAGGUUUGUUUCUUAAAUAUUUCUUUUGAACUUGACCACCUGUGUCACGUUAUCAAGAUUCCAGUGCUUGCAUCAGAGGAGAUGUGUAUUGAAUGAAGAAACACUUCUGUAUUGAUGUAAAUCUUGAGAUACCGGCUUCUGAUUCUUCCCAAUAGGUGAGCCCCUGAGAGUGGCUGUCCAUUUCUGCUGAUAAUGUCACUGUUACCUUUGCUUUGGGAUAGAAACUCACACAGGUUAGAACAUUCUCUCUCUCUCUCUCUCUCUCUCUCUCUCUCUCUCUCUCUCACACACACACACACACACACACACCACACUGUUACCCAGUGGGCAAGCUGCAGGUAGUUGGAAAUGCAAACAUAUGGGGAGAACCUGGUUGCCUUCAGUGCUUUUUAUUUGUUUGUAAUCUGAGUUGCACCACUAUGGAAUUUAUUUGCAGAAUGGUACUCAUAUAUAUGUGGGAUUUAAAAAAAAAUGCUGUGCAGGAUGUCAAUCAGUUUUAUUUUGCUUUAUUUUAUAAAUAUAUAUAUUUUUCUGGUAUCCUGUACAUUGCAGUGGGUGUGAAGAUAGUAUUUUAAUAUUUGUACAAAGUUUAAUUUAAUUUCAAUUGUUCUAUGUAUAUAACUGCAUUUCUAAAUUAAAAAAAUCUUUUGAAGUGA